AUGAGCUCCUACUUCGUCAACCCCCUGUUCUCCAAAUACAAAGGCGGCGAGUCCCUGGAACCGGCCUAUUACGACUGCCGGUUCCCUCAGAGCGUGGGCAGGAGCCAUGCGCUGGUGUACGGGCCCGGAGGCUCGGCGCCCGGCUUCCAGCAUGCCUCGCACCAUGUCCAAGACUUCUUCCACCACGGCACCUCCGGCAUCUCCAACUCGGGCUACCAGCAGAACCCGUGCUCGUUGAGCUGCCACGGAGACGCCUCCAAAUUCUAUGGCUACGAGGCGCUCCCCAGACAGUCCCUUUAUGGGGCUCAGCAAGAGGCGAGCGUGGUGCAAUAUCCCGACUGUAAAUCCUCCGCCAACACUAACAGUAGCGAAGGACAAGGCCACUUAAAUCAGAACUCGUCUCCCAGCCUCAUGUUUCCAUGGAUGAGACCCCACGCUCCUGGGCGGCGCAGUGGACGACAAACUUACAGCCGGUACCAGACCUUGGAACUAGAGAAGGAGUUUCUCUUUAAUCCUUAUUUGACACGAAAGCGCCGGAUUGAAGUCUCUCACGCCCUGGGACUGACCGAAAGACAAGUGAAGAUAUGGUUCCAGAAUCGAAGGAUGAAGUGGAAAAAGGAGAACAACAAGGACAAAUUGCCUGGGGCCCGAGAUGAGGAGAAGGUGGAAGAAGAAGGGAAUGAGGAAGAGGAGAAAGAAGAAGAGGAAAAGGAAGAAAAUAAGGACUAG